AUGCCUCCCUCCAACCAUGAUGCCUGUCCCAGCAGCCUAUCGAGCACCCAUUCGGCGCCAGACAAAACCAAGUCCUCAUCUCCAGCCCUCGACGCUCUACAAGCCGAGCUCGACGCACUGCUUGAUUACCACCUCUACCUUUCCGAACCAGAAGUCCACAAAGCCACCCAUGAUCUGCUUCGAGGGUACAGUCACAUCGUCCCGACACUGUGUUUCGUCGAGCAACAAAAUAAAAUAACCAGUGAAAUUGCCACCGUAUCUGAGGAGCGCACGCGCUUGCAAAACAAGUCCGUCGAAAUGGUCGCCAAAGCCAAAGCGUGUAAGGAGAAGGUUGCUUUGCUUAGAGAGAAGCUAGUAGCUUGCGAAAAGCGUGAUGACGUUGGAACGGAGGAGCAUGUAGCGGUUGACGGAAAGCUUGAUGUGGUACCUGGAACUAAUGUUAUUGCUGGGCAAGAAAAGUGGUUGAGACUGCUUUGA